AUGUCAACAUCCACACAACCCAAAAAACCCUUCCACGUCGCCAUUUGUGGCGGAGGUAUCGGUGGCUUAUGUAUGGCAAUUGGUCUCUUGAGGCAAAAUAUCCCAUUCACAGUAUAUGAAGCCGCACCUGCAUUUGCAGAAAUUGGUGCAGGAGUAUCUUUUGGACCCAACUCUGUUCGGGCAAUGGAAUUAAUAGAUCCACGUAUUAAACACGGGUUCCAGAAUUGCGAAACAAGAAAUGGUUCUCCAGAAGAAAGAGACAUUUGGUUUGAUUUUAGGAUAGGUAUGGCCGAGGAAGGUUGGAAAGGUUUUAAAAAAGGACCGCCGGUUAAAGAAGGAGAAUUUCUCACUGAAGUCGUGGCGAAAGGUUGUGGACAAGCUUCAGUUCAUCGAGCGCAUUUCCUCGAUGAAUUAGUCAAAUUGGUUCCAGAGGAGAACGCCCAAUUUGGGAAGAGAGUUGAGAAGGUAGAAGAGAGUGGUGAUAGAUUAUUAAUGACUUUUGAGGAUGGGACGACGGCGGAGGCCGAUGCCGUGAUUGGUUGUGAUGGUAUUAAAUCGAGAACUAGACAUGUAGUUCUCGGUGAUGAUCACGAGGCUACUUUACCGGUGUUCAGUGGAAAAUAUGCCUAUAGGGGAUUAAUUCCUAUGGAAAAGGCAAUUGAAGCAGUUGGCGAAUCGUUAGCUAAAGAUAGCCAAAUGUACCUAGGUCACCAGGGCCAUGUCCUAACAUUCCCCAUCGAAAAAGGAGCCACAAUGAACGUCGUAGCAUUCCGCACCAAGAAAGACAAAAAAUGGAAUAACGAGAACUGGGUUCUCCCAAUGAAAGAAUCAGACAUGUUUUCCGAUUUCCAAGGCUGGGGCAAAGAUGUAAAACACAUCCUAUCACUUAUGGAAAAACCCGACGUCUGGGCUAUCUUUGAUCAUCUCCCCGCUCCCACAUACUAUAAAGGCAGACUUGUCCUCCUCGGCGACGCAGCUCAUGCUAGUACGCCUCAUCAAGGAGCUGGUGCUGGACAAGCUAUCGAAGAUGCAUUUAUUUUGAGUAAUUUAUUAGGGGAUUGUAGGAACCUGAGAGAUAUUGAGAACGCGUUUAGAGCGUAUGAUAUGGUUAGGAGACCAAGAAGUCAGAAGAUUGUAAAGACGAGUAGGGAGGCGGCGGAACUUUAUGAGUUUGAGAAUGAGGAGGUGGUGCGGGCUGCAGAGGGAAUUGUGGAUAUUGAGGGUAUGAAGGAGAAGUUGAGGGAAAGGACUAGGUGGAUUUGGGAUGAGGAUUUGGGAUUGCAGUUGCAGGAGGCGAGGAAGAUUAUGGAGAUGCGUGGUGGGAGGGCGAAUCUUUGA